CCGCCCGCAUGCCCACACCGCGUAGCCUGCUGCCGAAGCGGUGGCUUCGAUCACGCUGCUCCUCGAAUCCUGAAGAGCCAGAUGUCACCACGAGACCACGUGACGCGUCCCGACGGCCCCGCGCCUCCAGAGUCCUCAGCUCACCACCGCGAGAGCAGCCACCACCCCUCGAUGAAGAAUUUCUCGAAAGAGCCUUCCCCUCCAUGGCACAUCUCGAGUAUGUCCUUGCGGGGUCGUCACCACCAGCCGAGAGCGCCCCAAAUAUGUACGACAGCUUCGAAGAACCGCCCUUGGACUUAACUGCGCAUAUAUGCGAGGACUCCAUACGUCAGAGCGCUUACGAACAAAUGCGCGCAGUGGGCGGACGCCUGAGAUUACUGGAUGAAUUAGAAUCAGGAUUGGCGACAUCCGAAACAGCGAUUAGUCUAUUUAUAUCUGCAUCAGAAGCUGAAAGAAAUGUUUGUUUAUUUUGGGUGGCAUUCCUUAAACAAGACGAUCUAUUGUCGCAACUUAUCGAAGUGGGGGCUGAUCCGUCUCAUUUCGACGCACUUGGAUUGUCUCCGCUCCAUGCGGCCUCAUUUAGCGGUUCAACGGAUUGCGCGAAUUAUCUUCUAUCAUGUGGAGUCGACCCAAAUUACAUGCCAAGAUGUUUUGUACCUCUUCACUGUGCUGCAUUCGGAAAUUCAGUGCAAGUGGCUAAUUUAUUAAUCAAUAGAGGAGCUUCAGUCCAUGCAGCCGUGAAAUACAUAAAUUGUGAAGGUGGAUUAUUGCACUGUUCUGUUCGAGCUAAUUCUAUCGAUUGUUUGAAACUAUUUAUAUCUCAUGGGGUAAAUGUCAACCAAAUAGAGCCAGGAGGUACCAAUGCUAUACACCUGGCUGCUGAUUUGGGUAUGAUACAAUGUCUCGCUAUUCUGUUGGAAACGCCUGAAGCUGAUCCAAAUGUCAGAACUAGAGUUGGUGACCGAGAAUCAACUGCUUUGCAUUUAGCUGCAGAUGGAGGAUCAGUAGAGUGUAUAGAAUUACUUUUAAGUAAAGGCGCUGAUGCGAGCUUAAAAAACCACAGAGGAUUUACAGCAUUACACCUCGCUGCUCGCUCAGCUAGCUUGGAAUGCGUCGAGUCUCUGCUUAGGAAAGGUAAUGCCGAUCCUAAUGCAAUGGAUUUUGAUAAAAGAACGCCGCUUCACGCAGCAAUUGGAAAGUCGGACAGCGCAUGUGAUAUUAUAGAGACCUUGAUCAGCUGGGGAGCCAACGUCAACCAAAAGGAUGAAUACGGCUUCACCGCGUUGCAUUUGGCGGCCCUCGACGGCCUGUCGGCGUGUGUGGAAACAUUGAUCUAUCACGGAGCUGACGUUACUACGCGAUCUAAGAAGGGCAACUCUGCACUUAACGUAAUCGCUAGGAAGACGCCCGCGUCUCUGGCAAUGAUAACGAGGAAGUUGGAUUGUGCUAUCACGUUACACCACUCACAAUCAAGCAAUCGUGAAGUGGAACUUGAACUUGACUUUCGCACUAUACUACAGCAUUGUUAUCCCCGUGAAAUAAGCUACCUUAACACUUUUGUCGACGAAGGACAAAAAGAAGUCCUCUUACAUCCCCUUUGCUCUGCCUUUCUAUAUAUUAAAUGGGAGAAAAUAAGAAAAUACUACGUGGCGCGGCUUUUCCUGAGUUUUAUAUUUGUACUCUGUCUCACUCUAUACGUACUGACAGCUUUAGCUCACAACUGCUAUAAUGGAAGUAAAGACAUGGAGGAAACAAUUCAAGAACAAGAGUUGUGUCAAAAACAAUCAAUUCUUGGAGAUUUAUUAAGGAAGAAUCCAUUUGUUAUAGAAAUGCAGUGGUGGGUACUGGCGGGUAUCACCAUAUUUGAAAUCUUUAGGAAAGUCUACGGAAUAGCGGGCUACUCCACCGUAAGGCAAUAUUUGAUGCAAUCUGAAAAUAUAAUUGAAUGGUUUGUGAUUAUAAGCGUUUUCUUGAUAUCGUACAUCUAUACUAAUAUUACAUACACGUGGCAAAAUCAUGUUGGAGCCUUUGCUGUUCUCGCAGGAUGGACAAACCUUAUGAUGAUGAUUGGACAACUACCAGUGUUUGGAACUUACGUGGCUAUGUAUCAAAAGGUACAAAAAGAGUUUGCAAAGCUUCUAAUGGCAUAUUCGUGCAUACUGAUUGGUUUCACAAUAAGCUUUUGCGUAAUAUUUCCUGAUUCGUCAUCGUUUGCGAAUCCUUUUAUGGGUUUUAUUACAGUACUAACAAUGAUGAUUGGAGAACUUAAUUUAGAUCUAUUACUCAAUGAGCCGGAUGGCAACGAUCCCCCUGUGCUAUUGGAAUUUUCCGCACAAGUGACAUAUGUAUUAUUCCUCAUGUUUGUAACAGUUGUUCUGAUGAAUCUCUUAGUCGGAAUUGCUGUACAUGACAUACAGGGACUAAGGAAAACAGCCGGGCUAUCUAAAUUAGUGAGGCAAACCAAACUGAUAUCCUACAUGGAACUAGCAUUAUUUAAUGGCUAUCUACCCAAAUGUCUGUUAAAAAUACUUCAUUCUUCUGCUCUUGUUUCGCCCCAAGCAUAUCGAGUAGUUCUGAGCGUCAAACCCCUUAAUCCGAGUGAAAAGCGAUUACCAAGGGACAUCAUGAUGGCAGCUUACGAGAUAGCAAAGAUGAGAAAACAAUAUGGCCACACGAUAUCUACGACCGGUUCAACAUCAGGGGCUUAUUCCUGUUUCAAAAAAUACGAGAAUAACAAUGAUUCAAGUUACCGAGAGUACGGCUACACGGGAUUGGGAAGUUUGCAAGCGAAGAUGGAUGAAACAUCAGAAAAUGUUCGCCAGUUGAGUCAAGAAGUGAGAGAGUUGAAAAAACUAAUAAACGCCCAGCAGCUCGUGAUACAGCAAGCGUUAUCCGGUGAUCCAAAUUGAUGAUAUAAUGGACCGAUUAUUUUCAAUGCCAACGGCACAUGUCAAUAAACUGUUGUUAAGACUCACAAACUUAAAUCUGAGAGAUUUUUCAAUUAUUGUAAUAUAGAGUAGAUAGGAUUGUAAAUCCACGUAAGGACGCUCUGUGAUUAUAAAGUAUGUGAUUAAAUAAUGUUUUACUACGAUUAUUUUGUGAUAAUUUAAUAAAGUAUUUAGUAAUGCGA